AUGUGUCGCGAACACGUCGCUUUAUGCCCCGAAUGUUGGGCCACAGUCACCCUUGAAUGGAAGCAUUGCGGACCUUAUAUUAACGCAGAUCCAGUAGCAAUCUGUCACAUACGACCACAGCUCGUGGAGAAUACGGGGUCCCGUCUGCUCCCCCAGAGUCAAGCCGCGAAGCGCCGGAUUAGUAGUUGGGUCGGUGACGACCAGCGAAUACCUGGUGUUGAUUCUACUGGAGUAUUCAAUUACAUUUUGUUCCAUUUGUGCCACUGUUUCUUCAAGUAUCAGUUGUUCAUUUUACAGUGUUCGUUACCUAACAUUCCAGCCCUCUUCUCUCUUAGAAUGCCAGUCCCCAAACCCUUCCCCUUCCUUACACAUACCCUCCAGGCAUCAACAACUUGUCCAUACCUGAAACACAGUUGUUACCGCAAUACUUCAGCACGAACUCCUAGAAACCAGAAGAAAAAAAUCACCAAAGAAAUGUGUCAAGAGAUCGUCCCACAAUGCUGCCAUUGUGGUGACAAUCUUGGUAUCUAUAUCAUACCUUGUUACAGCUGGUACGUCUCGGCACAAGUGGCUGACCGCGAGCGACGGGAUAUCCCGCAAGCAUGGAACUGCUGUUCCAAUAAUGACAUCUGCCUCUCGUGGUUUGGAAACAUCCUCAGGGGUUUUGGGAACGCCCGGCAUGAGGGCCCUGUGAUCAGAAUGGCCCGUGACUUUGUCGCUCACGAGAAGCUGAAGGAAUGGGAGGCUCAAUUUGCUUGUGAGUAUUUUGAGAAGAAGCCUAUUCCUCCUCGCAAGAAGCCUGAGGGAUUUAUGUUCUUGAUUCGCCAAGAUAUGAUGGGAGACCUUGAAUCUGUCACGUCUAUUGACAGUCUCGAGUCUGCAGAUACAGACUAUGGAGAAGGGAGUAAUCAACAUAGCCAUAAAGAUAGUUAUGAUGCUGACAGCGAGAACUCAACUCAAGACAACAAAAAUUUCAGCGAUGACGCCUCCAACGAGACCUCUCAAGUUGACCCCGAAGAUUUGUUCUACGGUGAUGCCACCGAGGGUACCCCUGAUGUUGAAAUUCCUGAACGCAAACUCGUUCGAGCGUAUGACGAGCCGGCAGCCCCUAUCUUGAACUUGUUCUUCCGUAUGAUUGACCUGGGACGUGAUGGUGACUUUGUUGAAUAA